CGCGGGAUCCCCCGGAGCGGAAGUGUCAUUUAAAGAGCUUGUGAAAGCGGCGGCAGCGGAGCAAACAUGAAGGUCACCUCUAUAGAGAGUCGGCGGCUACACCGGCUGAUCAGGAAGGAGUUCUCCCGGUGCCUGGUGCUGGACUGCCGCCCUUAUCUGCCCUUCAGCGCCUCCAGCGUGCGGGGAUCCCUCAACGUCAACCUGAAUUCCGUGCUGCUGCGCCGGGCCCGGGGGGGAGCCGCUCCGCUGCACUUCGUGGUGCCCGAGGAGGGGGCCCGCUGCCGGCUCCGGGACGGACAGGUUUCGGUGGUGGUGGUCCUGGAUGAGCGGAGCCAGAGGUGGCAGAAGCUGAAGAAAGAGAGCCCGGCUCAUAUCGUCCUCACCACCCUGAGCAACCUACCGGGGGCGCCCCGCAUCUGCUUCCUGAAGGGUGGAUUUGAAUCUUUUCGCACAGAAUACCCAGAAUGCUGUGUAGAUCAGAAGAGUUUAUCGCAGGAAGAAAACGACAUCACUCCAAACCACCUUUGCGAGAAGCUCUCCUCCUUCCACAAGCCAUCAUAUGAUCAGGGCAGUCCGGUUGAGAUCCUUCCAUUCCUCUAUCUUGGCAGCGCCUACCAUGCGUCUAAGUGUGAAUUCCUCUCUGGCCUUCGCAUUACCGCCUUACUCAAUGUCUCCAGGAAGAGCACUGGAUACAACAAAGACCAAUAUGACUACAAAUGGAUUCCUGUGGAAGACAAUCAUACCACAGAUAUCAGUAGCCACUUUCAAGAGGCUAUAGAUUUUAUAGAUACUGUGAGACACUCUGGAGGCAAAGUCCUAGUCCAUUGCGAGGCUGGCAUCUCUAGGUCGCCUACCAUAUGUAUGGCCUACCUCAUGAAGACCAAACUGUUCCGCCUGGAGGAGGCCUUUGAGUACAUCAAACAACGCCGCAGCCUUGUAUCGCCCAACUUCAGCUUUAUGGGCCAGCUCCUUCACUACGAGUCUGAAAUCUUCUCUUCCAAACCCAGUGGCCCCCUCAUGUCUUGCAAAAGGGACACGGUUUCCUUCUUCGCCGAGGACAUGAACAUUGGCCAGCACUUUGAGGGGUCUUGUUUCACUUUCCCCACUUCUGUCUUGACCCCUGUUCCUCUCAGGUCUCCUGUACACCAACUGAAACUCAGUCCAAUCACUGCGACUUCUUCCUGCUGACAUGUGCCCGUAGAGAUGGUGGACUAAACUGUGAAUACAGACUUUAAAACAAAGUGCAAUACAAUAGACGGUGUCACUAGUCUAUGGCACGCGAUGUGCCAACCUACGAGUUGCAUCCUAUGCUUUAAAGACUUUACGUUCGCUGUUCCAGAACUUGGAUUAAGUUUACAAACAUGGAUACGUCCUGUUGCAGUUACAUUUUCUCUCAGUAGAAGUUGUAUUUUGACUGUCCUCUCAUAAAAUUGAGGGUAUGGAAUUUUACCCUAUUAAUAGAGGAUUGUUCUAGCACAAACCCAUGCAGUGUACUCUAAUUUGAUAGGUCUGCGUAGCAAUAAGUUGUGUAGAAUCUGGGAUGUUUACGUUCAAUGUAGGGUGAGUGGUAGGUGAAAGACAACCUCAUACACUGCAACUGGUAGUGUAACUAUUGAGGUGUUACAGGUGUCCAGUGCUGGGUUCUUGCCGGCUUUGUGAAGUAGGUGGAGGACGAUGCCAUUCCUUUGCUCACAUCCUCCUUGGGGCACUUGCCCCAGAGUACCUGGAGUUAAAAAUGUCUGUCAAGGCCCAACACAAUCUCCCCUAAGAUGACUUGAUGAGAAAGAACUACUUAUUACAUUCGAAAACGUGUUGACAUUCCCUUGCUUGCACAAAGAUAUUGCAUAUUUAUAGAACUGAGCUGUACCAUUUGGCUAAAGGAGGCUGAAGAUAGCUGGUGGUAUUCCA